AGUCGCAUAGUCCUCAUCUGAUAUUAUUAGAAUUGUUAUUUUUUCAGAGACACUAAAAGCAAUUUAUUCAAUCAAAUCAUGAAUCUAUCCAAUGUGUCUUUAUAAGUUAUUUGGAUCCGCGACAAAGGAGAUCAUAUCAGACGUCGGGAUUUCCUCAGCACAUGAGGACAUCUUAAGGAACGAGCAACCUGUCAACGGUUGGAGUUUACUCUCAAUCCCCACGUUCCCACUUUAUGUAACAUCUUUGGAUUUCGACGCUUCGCGUGUUGGCCGUCAAAUCCAGGGUAUAAAAAUGACAGCCCCUUGGUGGAGAUCUUUUGUGGGAAAGAGAAGAAAGGCAGCCAGAGAAUCAGCAUGUGUCAUGGAGCAGGAUCUUGCAGCCGCUGAGAAAUGCGCUGAUUCGGCACAGCCGGCCUCUGCUGACCCCGUGCCACAGAAGACUUCUCCAGCAAAGUCGCACGCAGAAGGAGGUACCUCUUUGCUAAGCGACGAAACAUAUGACGACUCAGGCGUCCAACCGACUUUCAGUGAGAGCACGGACCGCCGGAACCUGCGCGUAUCGCGUUCGGGCCGCUUUAAGGAGAAACGACGCACGCGUGUGGGCUUGCCACAGGAUUACAAAGAUGAGGCCUCUGCCGAAGACCCGAGCAAAAGAGAGACGCAUUCUCCCAAAUGACUACACGAGACUGAUAGAAGCAGAAGACUGUAAGAAUUUACAAUAGGCCAAGUCCUUCUGUAAAUAUACGUUUUACCUCUGAGGAACUGAAAUCUGCACUUAAGUUAUUAUGCAUUGGGGACAGCUACUAUAGGCGUUUGGCUUGUUCUAUAUGAAGAAACAUAUGCGCGGGAUAUGAAGAUAAGUGUCCUACAGCUCUGCAUGUUGAAGAUGCUGUUGUGCUGAAGCAAAGGAGCUUCUGCUUCUGAAAAAAGAAACACUGUAUUUUGAAAUU